AUGAACAUGCCUUAUUUUAAGCCUCGUUCAUAAGCCAGCUAGAAUUCUUUUAUUAAACAAUAUUAAGACUUUCUAUAAAAGAAUCGAAAAAAUACUGCCUCUAUCUUGGAACCUAAAAAAUAAUAAGCAAAGUAAUCAUAUUCUCCUCUCUUUAAAUAACCUAAAUUAAGUUAUUCAAAACUAAAAAAUUUGCGAUUGCAAACUAGUCCAAGUCCAAAAAGACAACAAUGCUAUUCUCUAAGUAGUCAUCAUCAAACUGACAAUUCAACUCAAAUAGAUCGAUCACUAAGUCAAUAUGAAUUUGAAGUAAAAGACAAAUCUGUUUGCAGUGCCAGUCUAUUUUAGGAUACUUAAAAAUAAGUAGAAGAACACUAAUAACAGCCUCCAGAAUUAUAACAAGGGAUUGUUGGAAUUUUGGGGUUAAUUAAAAAGGAAAAGCAGGUCAUUUUGAAUGAUAUGAAGUAAAUGACAAAAUAGAUGAACAAUUGCAAGCAAUAAUAUGAAGAAAUUCAAAAACAAAAAGAAGAAUUAUAGCAUAAAUUCAAAGUUGCCAAAGAUGGAAAUGAAGUUCAUGCCCGUUCCAAAGACAAAAUUAAUGACACCUACCUAUAGAUGAUAUAACUUUUAAGAGGACUUUAAGUCUAGCAUAACGAUGUUCUACCUGAAUUAGAAUAGAGUUUAUUAAAUCACAUUGAGGAUGCAGAUGAAGAUGUUAGAAUACCUGAUAAGGAUGAAAUUAUCAUCUUAUAAAAAUUAAUCAUUAAAAAGCUUGUCAAGAAGAUUGAAGAUCAAAAACAAUUGAAUUAACUACUUCAAACUAAAAUUAAGGAAUAUGAAAUUUGA